AUGGGGAAGAGUGUGAGGGAAUUGGAAGUGGAAGACUUGGUGAAUGCAGGGUUGACUGUAGCUGAAGCCAACGAAGUACAUCGCGUUUUGAGGGAUAUUCUGUCUCAGUGUCUCUCUCCCACCGACCCCUCAUUCAUAUGGCGCCGCCUUCUCGCUCACAAACUCCUCAAACCAUCCUUUCCACACUCCUUCCAUCACCUUCUCUACCACUCUGUUUAUCACUCUGCUUUCCACUCUCAACAUGCUUCCCUUCCACUUUAUUGGUUCCCUUCUCUGUAUGUCUUUCUCUGCUUAUCACUUCUCACCACUGCAAUACUAACUCACCUACUAUCUCUCUCCAUAUGUCAAUCUCCACUCACUUCUCCUUUUCAUUUCAGGGAGCACUCCAAACGCACCAACCUUGGCCGUUUCAUGGAGACUCAUGCCCCUCAACUUUUAGGACUUUCCUACAAAGACCCAAUUACCAGUUUUCCUCUCUUUCAAAAGUUUUCUCUGUACUGGUCCCUUGUUCUGAAGGAACUUUCGGUCACCUUUGUUGAACCUCCCAAGUGCAUUUUAGAUACUUCUGACCCUUCUAGACAUGGAGGGACUUGGCUUCCCGGUUCCGUCCUCAACAUUGCUGAUUGCUGUGUGCAACCCAGUUCACAUCCCUACAAACCAGAUGACAGUUUAGCCAUUGUUUGGAGAGAUGAAGGUUUUGAUGAUUCCGAGGUUAAUCGUAUCACGCUUAAACAACUCCGACAACAAGUAAUGUUGGUAGCUAAAGCAAUAGAUGCCACAUUCUCAAAGGGAGAUGCAAUCGCAAUUGACAUGCAAAUGACAGCCAAUGCCGUAAUCAUCUAUUUAGCCAUUGUCCUUGCUGGAUGCGCUGUAGUCUCAAUAGCUGAUAGUUUUGCACCAAAAGAGAUUGCAUCUCGCCUCCGUGUUUCCAAAGCAAAGGGUAUCUUUACACAGGGCGGGAGAGGAAGAGUGAGCAUUGAGGAAGGUGUGAAAUCUGUUAAAGGCAGACGAGUUCAGUGGAAAGACCAGAGGUGGCAGGAAAUUCCCUUUAUACAGGCAGUGCUCAUUCGGGUCAUCGAGGCUGCUGCAUGUAAAGUUAUUGUGCUCCCUGUGCUGGGUGAUGAUGUAGGAGUUCAAUUAAGAGAACAAGACUUAUCAUGGAAAGGAUUUAUCUCUUCUGCAAAUCAGACUCAGAACUCCAGGUCAGAUUAUUAUUCUCCAAGCUAUCAAUCAGUUGAUUCUGUUACUAAUAUACUAUUCUCUUCUGGAACCACAGGGGAUCCAAAAGCUAUUCCUUGGACUCAACUUGCACCAAUACGAAGUGCUGCUGAUGGAUGGGCUGCCAUUGAUGUUCAACCUGGAGAUGUCUAUUGCUGGCCUACAAAUUUAGGAUGGGUGAUGGGACCAACAAUAUUGUAUCAAUGUUUUCUAAUUGGUGCAACUUUGGCUUUGUAUCAUGGGUCUCCUCAAGGUCGAAAUUUUGGAAAAUUUGUUCGGGAUGCAAGUGUUACCAUUUUGGGAACUGUUCCAAGCUUAGUAAAAACUUGGAAGAAUACACAAUGUAUGGAGGGCUUGGAUUGGACAAAGAUAAAAACAUUUUGUUCUACUGGAGAAACAUCAAAUGUUGAUGAUGAUCUAUGGCUUUCUUCAAAAGCUUAUUACAGUCCAAUUGUUGAAUUGUGUGGAGGCACUGAGCUCGCGUCUAGCUAUAUUGCAGGAAGUCCCCUGCAACCUCAAGCUUUUGGAGCAUUUAGCACGGCAUCGAUGACAACUGGUUUUGUCAUUUUUGAUGAAAAUGGAGUUCCUUAUCCAGAUGAUGUUGCUUGUGUUGGGGAAGUGGGCUUAUUUCCUCUCUCUCUGGGAGCAUCUGACAGAAUUCUUAAUGCUGAUCAUGAGAAGGUUUACUUUAAGGGAAUGCCCAUUUAUAAAGGAAAGGUUCUUAGGAGACACGGAGAUAUAAUCAAGAGAACAGUUGAUGGAUAUAUUGUUGUACAAGGGAGGGCUGAUGACACCAUGAAUCUUGGUGGAAUAAAGGGGAUGAAGCGUUUGAAGGAUAAGUCUGCUGGAUACACAUAUGUUGUGAGAAUACUAUAUCUUUCCAUGUGCCCGACAAGUUCUGUAGAAAUUGAGCGUGUCUGUGAUGGGGCUGAUGAAUGCAUUUUGGAGACAGCUGCAGUAGGUGUGGCAACUACAGAUACAGGCCCAGAACAACUGGUUAUAUUUGUUGUUUUAAAGAAAGGAUACAAUUCCAGUGCAGAAACUCUGAAGUUGAAAUUCACUAAAGCUAUUCAAAGCAACCUUAACCCUUUGUUUAAGGUAAGCAUGGUUAAAAUUGUGCCCGACUUUCCUCGAACAUCUUCCAACAAGAUCCUGAGGAGAGUACUGAGGGACCUAAUGAAGCAUGAGCUAUCAGUUCAGAGCAGACUUUAG